AUGUUUUUCAAAAAAAUGUUUGCUGAAGAUGGAUUUACGAGUGAUUCAGAAGGAAUUAGACCGAGAAUCGAUGCAAUGCUUGAAAUCUUUCCCAAUCUCACCGAAGAUCAAAUCCGACCACUUGCCAAAUUGACGGAGGAUGAGCUGUACGAAAGAUUGCUGGCGAUAUCGGAAAAUGGAGAUCAAGCUGGAACAUCGACAAACAAUCGAACAAACGGAGAAACUUUGAAUCUUCCAUCAACUUCUCAACAACUACGACAACAACAACAACAACGAGCAAAUGGAAGCAAUCACGAAGAGCAACUCUUCAAGAAGGAGCAAAUUGGUGAAGCGUUGUGGGCUGAGUUGCUGAAAACAGAAAGAUGUCACGCAGAUGAUGAGAUUAAAGAGAUUCCAUCGAACGACGAGUUUGUGAAAAUGGGAUUGUUUCUCCGGGAUCGAUACCCAAAGCUUCGAAUGAGCACAAUCUAUGAAUUGCUGAAGAGACGGGACUUUUUCGAGUGUUCCCUCAUUUUGGGUCUCUGCGAUUACGGAUUGGAGGAGAGAUUGCGGAAAUAUCAGUUUUUGCCUCCAAAAUCUGUUGCCCCGAUUUUCAACGAGAAUCACGAAAGACGAGAGCUUGAAACAAAAAACGCGUAUGGGGUCGAUUUGCCGAAAUUCGCGCUGAACAUGUGGAAAUCUUAUCAAGCAAUCAUCAAGAAUACCAUUUCGAGUUACGAGCAAUCGAUGUGCUUUAACUGUUCGGCGUGUCGUGAAAGCUUUGAGACGAAAAACGCGAUCUCGUGCAAUUCUCUAGUGAAAAAUGAUGAGAAUCGAGAACCUCAUUCCUUCUGUGGUCGCUGUGUUCAAGCUCAUGCCAGCACGGCGAAUGCCUACAUUUCGGCGGUCGGUCUUGGGGUGAAAUGUCUUCGCCAAGAGUGUGAUGGAGUGAUUUUUGAAGCUCAUGUGACUCCGAUUUUGACGGAAAAGCAGCGAAACGUGUUCACCAGAAAACUGUUAACAGCCGCGCUUGAUGAGGCAAAUUUGGAGAACCUUGAAAGAUGUCAGCACUGUGCAUUCCGUGUUUCGAUGCGAGAAUCCGAAGUGUGGGUACAAUUUUUGCAGACUUUGCGAAAAAGAUUACAACGAGCGCCA